AUGUCCGGUUACAGUCUCUACAACUACACACCCUCGCUGGCAGCCGCAAUUAUUUUCUUGCUUCUUUUUGUCUUCCUAAUCUGCGGGCACAUCUUCUUCGUUUGGAAGCAUAAGACAAUAUUCUUCAUCACCUUCGUCGUUGGCGGUUUAUUUGAAGCCAUUGGAUAUGCGGCACGAGCAGUCAACGCCCAUGAAGCCCCAAAUUACUCGACAAUGCCAUACGCCUUGCAAAGUCUCUUUAUUCUACUUGCUCCUUCUCUGUUUGCGGCAUCGAUCUACAUGAUUCUUGGUCGGAUCAUACGUCUGGUGGAUGGUGAUUCUAGAUCGCUCAUUCGCGCAACAAGAUUGACCAAGAUCUUUGUCCUAGGCGAUGUGCUGUCAUUUUUCAUUCAAAGUGGAGGAGGCGCAAUCAUGUCUAGUGCUAAGUCAGCUAGCAAGUUGAAACUCGGCGAAGAUGUGAUUAUCGUCGGCCUGAUCGUCCAAAUCAUCUUCUUUGGCUUCUUCGUUGUCGUCUCGGUCAUCUUUCAUAAGCGGAUGGCGAACUACCCCACUUCCGCAGCAAUGGCUACUUCGGUGAACUGGCACCGGUAUAUGCUUGUGCUCUAUUUUGCAAGCGCUUUGAUUAUGACCCGUUGUCUCUACCGAGUCAUCGAGUAUAUUCAAGGGUCGACUGGCUUUUUGCAAAGUCAUGAGUACUUUGCGUAUAUCUUUGAUGGCGCUCUUAUGCUUGCGGUUACGAUCGUUUUCCUGGUUUUCCACCCAAGUCAAAUUAUCUCUGGGGGACAUCGCAAACUUGACGAUAUGGAGCUUAUGCGGGGAGAAGGGGCAUAG